UGCAUGGGGUUGUAAAUGUGCGGGUCCGCGUGCGAGUGUUCUUAGAGUAUUUGUUGUUGUCGUAAUUAAUUUCAAUUUAGUACAUAAAGCCGGGGAACUUACCGUAUAUAUACCGUUGAUAUUCGAUAUAAAUAUCAGAACGAAGAGAGAGCGCAAAGUGCAUGGUUGCUACAUAAAUUCUAUACCUUCAGUCCUUCAUUUUGAUUGUCAAUGAAAUGUCGCUUUGUCGGGCCUGUUUGGUGCUGAUGAGCACCCAGGAUACCGCAUACGACUUAUAUAGUGAGAAGGAUUUGGCAACAAAGUUCUUUGAUUGCACCGGAGCUAACAAUUAUAUUGAAGCUCUUAAAGGACCGCUGGAUGAUGGAAUUAACCUCGAUGCUGUGCUCAGUUGUAUUUGUGAAUGUUGCUAUAAAAUGGUUCAAAAAAUUCACGAUUUCCAACGAAUGUGUAAAGAAUCCUUGAGAAAUUUAGAAAAACUGUUGUCAGAGGUGAACUCGAAAGACAUUGGGGGCGCAGAGAAUGAAUCUACAACAAUAAGAGGACUGAUUGAAGAAGUAGAGAAAGUCCACGAGGCUGUUGUUCCCAAAGAGCCGAUGCCAAUUGAAGAUAUUGAGGAGGUAUAUAUAAUUGAAGAUGAUGCAGCCAGAGAAUCGCUUGGGCAGGAAAAGUUGACAAUUUCUUCACGCUCUCGUCUCCGUUUUUUUAAACGUCUUCCUGGCCACCGCGAUAAACUAAAAUGUAAUAUCUGCAGUCGUGGGUUCUACAAAAGUUCAUUGCUUGAGGCACACAUGAAAAAUCAUGUUGGCGAGGAGCCGUACAAAUGCGUACACUGUGACAAGAACUACAGUCGUGGUGAUCUGCUAGAUACUCACCUGCGACAAGUACAUCAGAUCCAAAGCGAAAGUUCUAUAUUCUCAUGUUCGUACCCCAACUGCAAGAAAGUCUAUAGUGCACUGCGCAGCCUAAACUACCAUAAAAGACGAAAGCACAUCAAAGAAGAAGAGUCUAAGAUAUCAAAGCAUAUUUGCGAGAAGUGUGGCAAGACAUUUGGGCGAAGAGCUCACCUUACACGACACCAGUGGGUGCACAGUAUUCAGAGUGAGAAUCGAUUCGCGUGUACGGCCUGUCCACGACGAUUUUAUACGAAUCAAAAUCUGCAGGAUCAUUUGUUGAGGCUGCAUAGCGAUAGUCAGCUGUGGCGCUGUAAGAGUUGUGGACGUAUUUUCAAAUACCGAGCCUUAUUAUCUGCACACAUGAAGAAGCAUGUGGGCCAGUAACGUUGAAUCGAAAAGCUGCUGUAUUUGUUCUCCUGCUCUUAUAUUACAUUACAUAAACAAAAGCCGAAUAUCAAUAAAUAUUUAAUUUAUAAGAUACACUGCGUGGAAUUACUAAAAAUUUGUAAUAUAUUUAUGUAGUUGAAACGCGGAUGCAUCGAAUGUAAACACAUAUAUGUAAGUAAUGUAGAUAAUGAUUAGUUGGGAGAGGCUUCUAUAAAAUUAGCUAACAUUUACAUGGGAUGAGGAUUGGGCCAGUGCUGCACAAUUAUUUUUUUGUUUGUUUAAUCAGUACAAAUCAGUGUCAGUGGCCCGCUUACAUACAUAUUUAAAAAACU